CGCUGAGAUGAGCACUAUAGGAAGUGAGAGGAUGGUUAAGGUAACCGGAGAUCAAAUUCAAGAAGAAGAAAGACAAAGUCAUGAAAGAUCAUCAUGGUCAGAUGCUCCAGUUGACAUCCUUAGGUCAAUAUUGUGUCGACUCUUUGUUGGGGAUGCAGCUACGUUCUCUGCAGUGUGUAAAUCAUGGAGAUUGGUGACUAUCGUCCGUUCAACAAUUCCUCCGCCCGUACCAAAUCCUAACGACGAGUUAACAACCUGUCCGUACUUGUUACUAUCCAACAAGUUUUUUCAUCCAUUGUACAAUGCCUCGUUCCAGAAGAUGGAUAUCCAAAAAUUGCCGAAAGGUAUCGUUCACGUAGCCAACUAUGGUUGGUUGCUAAUAGCGCGAGGAAGAUCUAUUAUGUUCUUUUAUCAUCCUUUCACUAAUCGCCGAAUAGACCUCCCUGACAUUGGUCCACUAAAUUCGUUUAAGUUGAUUACUUUUUCGAGCCCGCCAAACUCCCCAGACUGUGAAAUUGUUAGGAUUCGUAGGGAUGUUUCAGAUAAAAUUGUUGUUGAGACCAUGAAGCGAGGCAAGGCGGAGUUUUCAACUAGUCUCGUAUUCCGAGAUGCUGGUUCCUUUGAAUUGUCGCGUUGUAAUCCUGUUUUCUACAGGGGAAAGUAUUAUUUCAUUGGUUCGGAAGGAAAUCUUGUGAUUUAUGAUCCUAAGAGAAGCAAACCUCGUAGAACAGGUUCUCCCAAGCACAUGUGGGGACAUGUAUCUUAUAAUGAUUGUCAGUACUACAUGUUUGAAGGUGAGGGUGAUUUAUGGGCUGUUUUCGUGGCGGGUCGAGGCAAAGAGUUGUGUGUCUGUAAACUAAAUAUGGAGAAGAUGAUUUGGGAGAUGGUACAUAAUUUGAAGGGCAGAAUGAUAUUUGUAAGCCGCACCUCGUCUUUCAUUGAAAGAACUAAUGUGAGAGGAGCAGAUAACAAAAUCUACUUCCCAAAGUUUCGAGAAAACAAUGUCUUGUUUUAUUCUCUGGCCACCAAAAAAUUUCACACUUUUGAGAGAGGUUCUUCUUACGAUAGCUAUCACAAUUCUAAGCAGAUGUUGCUCUCUGUUUGGAUUAAAAUCGACCCCCAUCAUGUUGAAAUAUCGGAGGAAGGUAUCUCCUGGUGA